AUUCCAAGCCAAAUGGAAUCACCAACAAACAAAUCAAUCAUCAGAACUACCAACUCAACCCACCUUCCCUUUGUGACCGUCUCCCCUAAACCUGCCGUCCCCGCUUCUAGUCUUCAUCACUUCCAUCUCGACUCUCCUCCCAUGUCCAUAUAAUCCCGCGACUCCCCUGAUCCGUAUCAAACCCACCUCAAUCUUCACCCAGAUAUUGCAUACGAAUCUACUCCAAAGCUCAGCUCCUGCUUCUUCUUGGCUCUCAAGACUUGCGAAAGAUCCCACAUUUUAUCAGUUCUUGAUGUUUAAGGGACGCUUGUUUUGACGAGUCCAUAGUACAGUAUAUUGUUUCCUUCUUCUUGCAAUAUGAAUCAGAUUCGGAAUAUCCUUAUUUUCUCCAAAUUCUUGCAUAUUAUUGGCCAUUCUCUUUAGCAAUUCAAGGCUGUCAUAGUCAGAUUAGAUCUCUUGCUUUCCAAGUUUUGAGCUGAGCUGCGAAGGUAGACAGCCCGAUGAAGCGAACUGUCCACCAUUUAUUCAGUGUACUCUUCUUGUUGGGGGUCGUAGGACUGCUUUCCUUCAGGGUUAUCCUUCGCCAGAGCUCUAUUCAGCUGAGAAAUGAGAGCCCUUUCGCGGAAGUUGCGAAUUUUCGAGUAGAUAAUGAGACCCUUUUGAAGUAUGCUGCGAUUGAUGUUGGUGAGCCUAAGUUGAAGCAGGAGAUUGAGGAGUUGUUAGAGGGGAAUUUUCGGAACCAGGGUCGUCAUAGAUCAUUUCUGUCAUCAGGGAAAUAUCGGAUUGAUGUUAGAGCUAGGUCAGCUAGGGGUCUACCGGUGCAGGUCCGUUCACCUGAGUUUAAUCAAUUGUGGUUGAGCUUUCGGAGACACUUGCAUGAUUGGUCUAGAAAUAGGAGGUUUCAGUCAGAUAUUAUGUUGGAUUUGGUUAAUGAGCUCAAGGAUUUGAUGGAUAAAAAUGGUGGUAAAACAGAAGGGUUGGGAAGAAAGUACAAGUCUUGUGCUGUUGUUGGAAAUAGUGGGAUUUUGCUGAAGACGGCGUAUGGGAAGUUGAUUGAUAGUCAUGAGGUUGUUAUAAGGUUGAAUAACGCAAGGAUAGGGAGUUUUGAAAACAAAGUAGGAAAGAAAACUAAUAUUUCCUUUGUGAAUAGCAACAUACUACGCCUGUGUGCGCGGAGGGAAGGCUGUUAUUGCCAUCCUUAUGGGGCUGAUGUGCCAAUAGUUAUGUAUAUGUGCCAGCCUGCGCAUUUCUUGGAUUUCUUGGUUUGUAAUUCUUCGCACAAAGCGCCGUUGAUUGUUACUGAUGCACGGUUUGAUGUGUUGUGUGCCAGGAUUGUGAAGUACUACUCGCUGAAACGGUUUCUUGAGAUAACAGGGAAGGAUGUUGAGGCCUGGAGCGCUGUUCAUGAUGGGGCUAAUUUCCAUUACUCUUCAGGCAUGCAAGCUGUAAUGCUUGCUGCGGGGGUUUGUGACAAGGUCAGCAUCUUUGGCUUUGGAAAAUCAGCCGCUACUAAGCACCAUUACCAUACUAAUCAGAAAGCUGAGUUGGGUUUACACGAUUAUGAGGCAGAGUAUGACUUCUACGGAGAUUUGGUGGCGAGACCAAAGGUAAUACCAUUCAUCUCAGACAAGUUUCGGUUCCCUUCUGUUACUAUAUAUCAAUGACAUUGUCUUGAUACAUCUAGCUCUGUAAACUGGCAGACGUUUUGUUGAGAUUACGUUUACCUGUUCUUUGGCAGCCUUCCACAUGAUAGGAGAGUAGAAUAGCACAAUUGUAUUUUGAAAAUCAGGCAAAGCAUCAGCCCAAGAAAUUUUGGGUGAAUUGUAACAGUAAAAUUGAAUGAAAUGCAAAUUCUUAUACUUUUGACUUUA